GUUAAAAUAAAUCGAAAAUUAUACUGUGGAUUAGUUUUCCAAACAGUUUCCCAAACCAGAAGCUUUGAACCUUUUUGAGAUUCCUUACUUCAAUUCGUCCCAUCUUCGGAAGAUCAAAUCGCAUUUCUCGCAAAUUACAAUUCCAUUUCAGGUAUUGUUUUCAAAUUGCAUUGAAUGGAUGAACCUAGUAGUUCCUCUGCAGUUCCUCUUCGUGGCUGGAGAAAAGCUGUAUACCAGUUUACACAACAAAACUUGCCAGCCUGUAAACCUGUUCUAACACCAGCAUGGGUCAUUUCAACAUUUUUCAUUAUAGGAAUCGUCUUCAUUCCCAUGGGGCUCCUCUUUCUUCAUGCUUCACAGAGUGUUGUUGAGAUUGUGGAUAGAUAUGAUAAUGAGUGUGUACCCGUACCAUUUAGAAACAGCAAAGUUGCAUAUAUCAAAGAUGACUCAGUUUCCAAAAAUUGUACCCGAUACUUAAAGGUUCCUAAGCACAUGAAGUCUCCAAUAUAUAUUUAUUAUCAACUUGAUAACUACUACCAAAACCACAGAAGGUAUGUAAAGAGCAGAAGUGACCAACAACUGUUACAUGGAUUGAAAAAUAACCAUACAGGCUCUUGCAAACCUGAGGACACUAAUAAUGGUCUACCAAUUGUUCCAUGUGGUCUGAUUGCGUGGAGCUUGUUUAAUGACACAUAUGACUUUUCCCGUGGGGUUGAUGAAGUUAAAGUCCACAGAAAGGACAUUGCGUGGAGGAGUGACCGUGACCACAAAUUUGGGAAGCAUGUGUAUCCGUUUAACUUUCAGAAUGGGUCUUUAAUUGGUGGUGCAAAGUUAGAUCCUACUAUUCCUCUGAGUGAUCAGGAAGAUCUUAUUGUAUGGAUGCGAACUGCUGCCCUGCCAAGCUUCCGAAAGUUGUAUGGAAGAAUUGAAGAGGAUUUACAUGCAGAUGAUGUAAUAGUGGUGAAGCUUUUGAAUAACUAUAACACUUACAGUUUUGGUGGACGGAAGAAACUUGUUCUUUCAACAACUAACUGGUUGGGAGGCCAGAAUAACUUUCUAGACCUUAUGGAGAGACAAACUUAACUUGGAACUGGAAGAGCGGGUCAAAUUGAAAGGCGCCUCCAAACCAAGCUUUUUUCUCCUCCCAAAAUUCCGGAGUUCAACGAAAACAUUGCUAACCUGGUAACGCGUCUAUAUUAUGCAAUAGGAUAUAGGUUAAACUCUGUUCUCUAAUCCGUGCAUUGUUCCUCGAUCACUCUUUAUUUAUAUUCGAACCAGUGACUUUAUAUGUAACCAUUUGACACAGAUGCACUUUGCAUCCUCACUCAAAUAAUGUUUGAAAUGUCUGCUGAUAUUUGCUGUAAAUUAGAAAUGGUG